AAUCCUGAAUAGACAAAUUAAGUUUCCUCCUAUCCCAGCAGAGUGGAGGGCUUGGAAUAGAUACUAGAUAGAGUUGUUAAACUGUCACCAGUCAAAUGGGAUUGUGACCUCACAUACCCAUGAGGUGAGCUACAAUUCAGCCUGCUGCCCAGGGCCGGCCUGGGUUUCAUGGGUGACUUCACAAUGGCCAGCGUGGUGCCCUGCCCACCGCCACAGUCCCAGUCCACCAUGCUAACCACCCUGUGGCUGCUGCUCAACUUUGCUGUCCCCUUGCCAGGGUUCUAUGUCUCCUUCAGCUGUCCCAACGAGAAGCAAUGCCAAAGAGCCCUCCUCUCGGACAAUGACGUCUUCUUGCCCUGCAACUCUCCUGGGUCACAGUGGUACUUCUUCCUGCAAGACGGGACCAGCUGGUCCCACACACUCUCCAGUGCUUCCAACAUAGAAAUCAUACCUGACAGCGGCGUUCUCAUUCGGAGUCCGUUGCCCUCCCAGACGGGUUUCUACCACUGCCAGGACAAGGACGGCCUCCAAGUGGUACAGUAUGAGAUUGACUUCCAGGAUGUCAGCACCCUGCACAUAACACACAAGGGACUGGGUCAGAAGCCCCUGCGGAACGAGAGCCUGAGUCUGGGUGGCAAAGGGAUCGUCUUCACCCGCUGGGAGCCCUGGCAGGACUGUAACCGCUGUGGGGGGCUGGGCGAGCGGAAACGCCUGGGGUACUGCUACAUCGAGGAGCCCCUGCAGGAACCCAUGCCCUGCUGGCUGUAUCUGGGAGGUAGGAAGGUGUGGUCCAGCCGCAUGCGGCCCGAGAUGCAGGUGGACGCCUGCCGUGUCCCGUGCACGGCACUGACGUCGGAUUACGUCCCCUUUGACAACUUUGAGAUCACUGAGGAGUCGGGAUCCGUGUGGCUCACCUGCCCCCUGGGAUCUGUCUACAGGCCCAUCCUCUGGGAGGCCGACAACAUCCCCCUGACCUGGCAGAGCCAGCUCUCCAGCCAGGACUUGGACACCAUUCUGGAACCUUCCAACGGCGGCAAGCAACUGCGGGUCUUCCAGCCGGCCAUUUACAAGUGCUUCGUGCAGCAGGAGCUCAUAGCCCGGUUCAACCCCGUGCCCUUUCCAGGCACGGCGGAGACUCGCAGGGAAGAGGAAGGCGGGCCACCCCGGGGGAAAGGGAAGACCCAGGAGGGGAAGGCCAGCUCCAUCCUCAAGGGGCUCAAGUUGCUGCUGCUGCUGGGCACGGUCCUGGGCCUGCUGGGGGUGCUGCUCAAGAUCUUCCACCCUUCCCAGGGCAAAAGCAGUGACCGGGUGCUGCUGGUGAAAUGAAGCAAGCCCUCUGUGCCCAGGACA